UUAGCGCCCUAACGAACCAGUUCUCGGGAGGCACAAUCCCCGUUAAGUCGCGAGUGACGUGAUUCUUUCUUCACUUAUUGUCGAAUGCAAUUAUUUAGAUAUAUACAAUGCGCAUUAAGACUUUCGUCUUCCUAAUUAAUUCUACAUAUAUAUAAGAUAAGACUGAUUCGAAUCGUUUUUUCGCUUUCAAAUUCGCGUGUUUCCUGUUUUAGUGCGUGUGAAUAUUUUUGAAAAUUAUUAUUUAUUCAGAACUGGAAUAUUUUAAUUUUGUGAAGCUAAUUCCAGAACAAAAAUAGUGGAGAAACAGUGGCAUUGAAGUGACGAAGAGAUCAAUAUAUAUAUACAUAUAUAGAGGGCUGAUGUUUGAUACUAAUCGAUACGUCAGUGCAGUGUGAAACGUGGUGUUUGGUUGGCGUGGCAACCCUGAAACUUUCUCUAAAUGGAAUAGAAGAAAAACAAUAGGAAUCACUGAUCGAUUCUGCUCGAAGUCGAAUUGAGUAGUAUGGAGUAAAAUAAGAUGGCUUUGCACGUCCAUGAAGCGUCUCGCGGGUGAAAGGGUUCUUUUGAGAGAAAAAUACAAAAUGAGCACAGCCGUUGAAAAUGGCGUGGGUGCCUCGAAGUCUCGUGGUGUAUUUUCUAGGGCGUUUGCUAAGAGAGCACAGCCCCUCGAAGAAGCAUUGUCGAGCUUAAAUCAGUUGAACAAGGACAGUGAUGUAUUUGCCCUUGAUGAUGCCGUCACAUCACACCCCACCCUGGCCUUAAUGCGCCGCAUCCUUGCUGAUGCGCAGACAAAACUUCGCGUAAUGGUUGAAGAGAACGCAGCGACGGGUGCCCGUCUUGACGGGGAAUUGGAAAGGGCAAGGGGUGAAUGUGCCACAUUAAGGGGCGAGUUAAGAGACGUGAGGGGUUCAUUGGUGUUAAAUAAUAAUAAUUCAAAUGGCGGUGGUGGCAGUAGCAGCGCAAGUAGCAGUAGCAGCAGUACUAAUAACAAUUCAAAUAAUACCUCGUCAUCGACAGCCUCAUCCAGUGGAAGUGGCUCUAACUUAAAUCCGGGACAAGAAAUUGGCGAUGGUCCAAUUCAACAAGAUGAUACCAAGAGACUUAGCGCUGGAAGCAGUCCCGUUGAUAAGAGAAGUUCCGCCAGUGAAAAGUCGGUUAGUCCCGUUGAUAAGAGGACUAGUCCUAUUGAUAAGAAGGAGAGAACAAGCCCCAUUGAUCGAAGGUCAAGUCCGAUAGAAAGAAAAAAUGGAUCACCUUGUCAUAGUCCAAGUGAAAAGGUUCGAAGACCUUAUGCCCCGGCUUUAGAAAAAGCAAGACUGGGAGGUUCUGGCGGAAGUGUCGAUUCAAGAUCAGGAAGCGCAAGUCCAGAUCGAGGUUCAACGAACACAAGAGGAUCGUUUCUCAAUCGUGGAAGUAGUGAGAGAUCGAGCGUUGAGAGGCUACGAAUUUCCACAAAUCGUGAUCCCUUGAGGUCAACCAAAGACUCAAAUGAUCUCGACAAAGAAAACAAGGAUCUUGUGGAUGGAGAUGUACGUCCCGAUGAGGAGAAUGAGCCGCCAGCACCAGCUCCAGGCAGCAGACCAACAUCCCCAGCUAAUUCUCUCGGUCUUGUAGGUGAUCCGGUAGUGGCGUCACGUCUAUCGAACAUUCACGGAGGCAAUGGUCCCGUUGAAUUAGCGAGUGCACGAAGGUUACGCCUCGAGAAUGAAAGAUUGGUGGCGGAAGUUGCACGAUUGAGGCGAUUGUUGUUGAGUGGAGCGUCACGAGGCGAAGUUGGUGGCGAGGAUGCUGCUUUGGAAGAAGAAGCACGCUUUGUCGCCUUGGAAAUGGAACUUCAACAUGCCAGGGAAGCAUUGCAAGCACUCAAAGCUGAUCGCAAAAGACUCAAAGCUGAAAAAUUUGAUUUAUUGAAUCAAAUGAAAGCUCUCUAUGGAACUCUUGAGGACAAGGAACGAGAACUUCGCGAUUUUAUUCGAAAUUAUGAACAGCGGAUGCGUGAAAACGAGGCGACCUUGGGACGUCUUCAACAAGGCGGGGGGCUUCCAUCUGAGGAACGAGACCGUGAGAGAGAACGAGAACGCUGGAGUCUCCUAAGGGCAGCGAGAGACGAGGCGGAUCGGAGUCUUACUUUAGCAGCCAGUUUAGCCGAUAAGGAAGCUGCUUUAUCUCAUGCACAUGCUACCAUUAAAGAGCUUCAAAGACAACUGGUUGAACGUGGAGGCGGAGGUGGAAUUUGUUUGAGUGAUCAGGAGUCACUGGUAUCAUUUCCAAGGGGCAGUAUAAAUGGUGCAGCAACGCCUGGAGCAGGAAGUAGUAGUGGUGGUGGUGGUGGCGGCGGAGGAUGUGGCAUAAUUCCACAUCUAGGAUCUCAACAGCCCCUUGGCGGUAGUGUGGAAUUAGGAAUAACCGUCGGCAAUGCCAGUGGAGGUGUGGGGACUGGAUCCACUUCCGGUGGACAAGCUGGCGAUCGUGGAAGUUGCAGUGCAGACAGUGGUGUUCGUGGUUCCAGCGAUCGGGAAAGUGGUGGCGCCACCAGUGUCGGAGGAAAUCUCUCAGAUUCGACAACCGACGGUGAGCCACUGCAGAAAUUUUCCAGCACACCAACAAUAACGGUCGAGGGAAGUGGUCUCGAUAUGGACAGCAUUUCCGUGGUAUCCUCAGUAGCACCAUCUCACAUGUAUCAAUCUACAACACCAAAAGAUUGCAGUCCAACUUUGUCGCCUUUAAAUGCAUUUUCAAGGUCAAUGGAUAAUUCUUCAUUAUCUCGUUCUGUGGAACAACUGUCGAGUCCUUUGGAAUCUGAACCUAGAAGAAAUAAACAGACACCACCUGUCAUCGCACCUGCCGCACAUUCACGAUCUUCUGCUACACGUGGUGGCACGUGGGGUUCCAUUUCAAGGGUAUUUGCUCGUUCACGUCAUCGAAAAGCAGUGAAUAGUUCAGGAAUUGGGAGCAUGGGGAACGAAGGUCCGGAAGGAUUUGAUCCUUAUCGAUCACGGUCACCACUUACGGAGGAAGGAUAUGCUGAGAAACUUCGUCUACUGAGAGAAGCUGCAUCAGUACCUAUGGAAAGAUGGAGAGCACCAACAGUUUUGGCAUGGCUCGAAGUGGUACUUGGAAUGUCUCAAUAUGGUCCUCGAUGUGCUGAAAAUGUCAAGUCCGGCAAGGUUUUAUUAGAAUUAAGUGACACUGAGCUUGAGGCUGGACUUGGAGUGACUCAUCCUUUGCAUAGGAAAAAGUUAAGACUGGCAAUUGAGGAACAACGACAACCGAAUUUAGUUCGAUAUCCUUGUAUUGCACAAUUAGGACACACUUGGGUCAGUUCUGAAUGGUUGCCUGACCUUGGACUUGCUCAAUAUUCUGAAAGCUUCGCUACAAAUAUGGUAGAUGCGCGAAUGCUGGAUCACCUUAGUAAAAAGGAACUCGAGAAGCUUCUUGGCGUUACGAGAAAGUUUCAUCAAGCGAGUAUCGUUCAUGGAAUUCAUUUACUUCGAAUGCUCAACUACGAUCGACAGGCUCUCGCAGUUAGAAGGCAUAAUUGCGAACAAAUAAACAUGGAUCCUCUUGUUUGGACAAACAAAAGGUUUAUUCGAUGGGCAAGAAGUAUCGAUUUAACUGAAUAUGCGGACAAUCUAAAGGAUUCUGGUGUCCAUGGAGCUUUGGUAGUUUUGGAACCUUCCUUCACUGGCGAUACAAUGGCGACAGCAUUGGGAAUUCCUCCUGCUAAACAUAUGAUUCGACGACAUCUCACAGCAGAACUCGACGGUCUUGUACUUCCAGCAAGAAGUCAACUGGAGGUGGUUUCCCGUAAUGGCACCGGAAGUCGUCCACUGAGCACCAUAAGCGCUGGUGGAAGUCUUGGUCGUGGAAGUCGUGCUCUUCAUCUACAACAUCAUCAGAGUUCACUCUCAGCACUGCACAUGGCAUCCAGUCACAGUAAUACAGUCGACAGACGAAGAUCCAGUCUCAGGGGAUCAUUGAGCAGAGCAUUUGGUUUACGACCUAGAAGUGAAAAAGCAUCACCGUCUUCUUCUUCGGAUACAGGAAGUCUUGCCAGUCAAUAUAUGAGCAGCGUGCGCAGUAAUUCACCGCCUCCACCUCAACUUCCGCCACGACCAGCCCUAUUGGGUGGGAAAAAGCAUCGUCGAGUUAAGAGCAUCGGUGACAUUGAAUAUAUAAGCAAUACCAUUGUCAGUACACCCGUCUGACAAGAGGGUAGGUCCCAUCAUUCGGGGCCUUAUCGCAGUUUGAGCGAGCGUGGUUAUUCCUCAGCGUCUUAUUCAUCUCAA